AUGGCGGAUAGAUAUUCUUUCUCCUUGACAACCUUCUCCCCCAGUGGGAAAUUGGUUCAGAUAGAGUAUGCAUUAAAUGCCGUCAACCAGGGUGUUACCUCAUUAGGAAUCAAAGCUACCAACGGCAUCGUCCUUGCCACGGAGAAGAAGUCCUCUUCAACCCUCAUCGAUCCCCCCUCCCUCUCAAAAGUCUCUCUUAUCACUCCAAACAUUGGCAUGGUCUACUCCGGCAUGGGACCUGAUUACCGCGUACUCGUCGACAAGGCCCGCAAAGUAUCCCACACUGGCUACAAGCGCAUUUAUAACGAAUACCCACCCACCCGUAUAUUAGUACAAGACGUUGCGCGGGUGAUGCAAGAAGCUACGCAAUCGGGAGGUGUACGACCAUAUGGUGUUAGUUUGUUGAUCGCAGGUUGGGAUGAUGGAAUUGAGCCAGAAUCGGAGGAUGUUGCUGGUGCGGAAGUGCAUCCGGAUGAGAAGAAGCCAUCGGGCAAGACUGGUGGUAUCUUGAAGGGUGGACCUAUGUUAUACCAAGUUGAUCCUAGUGGUAGUUACUUCCCAUGGAAGGCGACUGCCAUUGGAAAGAAUGCUACUUCAGCUAAGACUUUCUUGGAGAAGAGAUACACCGAGGGAUUGGAGUUGGAAGAUGCUGUACACAUCGCUUUGUUGACGUUGAAGGAGACCAUUGAAGGAGAGAUGAAUGGCGACACAGUAGAGAUCGGUAUUGUAGGACCACCAGCCGAUCAUUUAAUGGGCAUCGAGGGAGUCGAAGGUGCUCAAGGCCCACGUUUUAGAAAACUGAGCCCUCAAGAAAUUGAGGAUUACCUUACGAAUCUAUGA